AUGAACUUCUCCCUUCCGGCUCCGCUUCUCCAAUUCAUUGACGAACUCGACGAGUUCAUCGACCGCGAGAUUAAGCCCCUCCAAGCUCAGGACGACAAUGAGCGCUUCUUCGACCACCGCCGCGAGCACGCCCGGACCGACUGGGACAACGGCGGUCUUCCUCGCCAAGAGUGGGAGGAUCUGCUGGUUGAGGCCAAGAACCGUGCCGACAAAGCGGGAUUCUUCCGCCUAAAUCUUCCCGUCGAAUAUGGCGGCCAGAACGACGGCAGCGGACGCGGCGGCAAUCUGUGGAUGAGCGUCAUCCGCGAGUAUCUGGCAUCCAAGGGUCUGGGUCUCUUCAACGACCUCCAGAACGAGCACAGCGUUGUUGGCAACUUCCCGGACAUCGUCAUGCUCCGUGACUUUGGAUCGCCACAGCAGAAGGAAGAAUUCAUCAAGCUCAGGCUGGAAGGGAAGUUCAGGACCACCUUUGGCCUGACCGAACCGAACCAUGGCAGCGAUGCCACGCAUAUGGAAACCAAGGCGGUACCGGAGACGAGGAACGGUGUCAAGGGUUGGAGGAUCGAUGGUGCGAAGAAGUGGCAGACGGGCAUGCAUCACUGCACGCAUUGCAUCCUCUUUGCGAGGACGAGUGGAAAGGAUGGAAGUGCGCGAGGCAUCACUGCCUUCAUCGUCCCGAGGCACACCCCGGGUCUCGACGUCGUCAGCUAUGAAUGGACUCUCAACAUGCCCACAGACCACGCUACCGUCUCCAUCAAUAAUGUCUGGGUACCGGAGAGCACCAUCCUCGGCGACCCGACAAACGGUCUUGCCGUAGCCCAGGCAUUCGUCCACGAGAACCGGAUCCGUCAAGCCGCCUCCUCUCUCGGUGCUGCCCUCUUCUGCAUCCGCGAGUCCGUCGCCUACGCCAACGCCCGCCAGCCGUUCGGCACCCCGCUCUCCCACAACCAGGGCAUUCAAUUCCCGCUGGUCGAGCUGGCCACGCAGGCGGAGGCGUUGCGCCAGCUGAUCCGGAAGACGGCCACGGAGAUGGACGGGAUGCACCAUACGGAGGUCGAGAAGCGCAUCAGCGACAAAGUGUCCAUGUGCAACUACUGGGGCAACCGGCUGUGCUGCGAGGCCGCAGACCUCGCGAUCCAAACCCAUGGUGGGAAUGGGUACAGUCGCCAUAGGCCAUUUGAGCAUAUCUGGAGACAUCACCGGAGGUACAGGAUCACGGAAGGUAGUGAGCAGAUCCAGAUGCGAAAAGUUGCCGCUUAUCUCUUCGGAUUCGGUGGGCGGAAGCAAGAGGGCAAGUUAUAA